AAAAAAAAAAAAAGCUAAUCAACGCAAGCGGUCCGAGCUUUCACAAGGAAGACAUGAAGGGAGAGACCUGUAGGGAAGAAUAAAACAGCGAAGAGAAAAAAGGCGAAGGUCACCGCGAUGAUGAGUCUGUGCAGAACGUCCCACUUCGUGCUGCAGCCAUGGACGACCACUGACUCUCCUCACUCAUCGCUUUACCGCCUCCCUAACACCCCAGCACCUUUCUCUCUCCGCGCAGCACAGAGUGGUUCAAAUAACGGAUGCAACAUGAUCUUAAAUUUGAAUUUGAUACGGAGUGCGGGUAUCGGCCUCUUCAUGAUAGGAAUGCUGCCAUUGCUGCGUCUCCUGCUGGAGGCCAUUCUUCGUCUCGCUCCACCCAGCGAUUUUCAGCCGCCUGCACACCUCGACGCCGAAUAUGACUUUGUGGUUGUGGGCGGAGGGUCAGCCGGCAGCGUGGUGGCGGCACGGCUAUCUGAGGUGGAAACCUGGCAGGUGUUGCUGGUGGAGGCUGGACCUCCACCUCCUGCAGAUACCGCUGUACCUAUUUUUUCAGUCCUCAUACAUCUGCCAGGGUAUCCUACGCUCUUCCGGUACGAGACUGUCCCGCAGCGGAAUGCUCUCAAGUAUAGCAUUAAUCAGGCCGCAGUGCUGCUGCAGGGGCGGGUGCUUGGCGGCGGCUCCACGGUGAACGGUAUGGUCUACAGCCGGGGAAACAGGAGGGACUACGAUGCUUGGGAAGCUCUCGGAAAUCCCGGCUGGGACUACGCCUCCGUCUUGCCAUACUUCAUUAAGUCUGAGGACUUUAUCGGCACGCCUCCCCGUGAAACGGAAAGGUUCCACGGCCGCGGCGGGCCCCUAGGGGUGACGCAAGCACCUUUAGGAACUCUCAGUCAGCAUUUCGUCCUGGCCGGGAGGCAGCUCGGUUAUCCUGUCGUCGACAACACUGGUCCUGAGCAACUAGGCUUCCCCGGUAAUGCCACCUUCACCAUCCGGGACGGGACGAGGAGCUCCACUGCAGAGGCCUUCCUGCGUCCUGCCACCAAGCGACCCAACCUGCACGUGCUGCACUCUGCCACCGUGACUCAGAUCCUGUUCAAUGAAAAGCGGCGAGCGGUCGGGGUCUUGCUUGAAUACAAUCACAAGAAGAUAAGUGUGGGUGUGCGUCGCGAGGUGGUGCUGUCGGCGGGGGCUUUGGGGUCCCCGCACCUCCUACUGUUGUCCGGUGUCGGGCCUGGCAGACACUUGAAACAACACAAGGUGAAAAUGGUUAGGCACCUGCCUGGUGUCGGACAGAAUCUCCACGACCACGUGUCUCUCAACGGCCUCAGCUGGACCCUCCCGCGUGCCGAGGAAAGCUCAGUGCAGCCCUUGCGGUUAACUAUCAAUGACGUCACACAGUACAUAAAAAAUAGAGAAGGCAGGUUAGCUCGGCCUCCGGCGGAUGUGCUGGACGCGUGGGUCAAGGCCAGCCCAAUGGGAGACCCACUAUGGCCUGACAUUCAAAUACUUCUUUUCGGUGCUACCGUCGCCCAGGACUACGGAAUCUUUAGUCCCGCUGCCUACAACUUUGACGCCUACAAAAUAAAGAAUUACCAUGGUGAGAUUUAUGGGGAGAGAGGGUUCACUAUGAGGCCCAUCCUGCUGCGUCCUAAGAGCCGAGGUGCCCUCACUCUCCGCUCCAAGGACCCGCGAGAAGCGCCCUUAGUGGACGUGGGUUACCUCACGCAUCACGACGACGUGGCCACACUGGUAGAAGGUAUCAAACUGACUCUGGCCUUGGGUAAUACGUCUGCUCUCCGUGAAGACAUCGGCGCCAAGUUCUUCAGUAAGCCCCUGCCGGAGUGCGCUUCUGAGCCUGUGGGCAGCGACGCAUACUGGAGCUGCUACGUCCGCCAUAUGAGCUCUACCUUCUACCACAUGGGUGGCACCUGCAAGAUGGGACCCAAAUCAGACCCCAUGGCUGUUGUUGACCAUAGAUUAAGGGUAUUCGGGGUGUCGGGCCUGCGGGUGGUGGACGGCUCCGUCAUGCCCUUUGUCAUAUCCGGCAACACCAACGCGCCCAUCAUCAUGAUAGCUGAGAAGGCAGCCGAUAUGAUCAAGCAGCAGUGGGCGUGAAGAGAGAGAGAGAGAGAGAGAGAGAGAGAGAGAGAGAGACUGUGUGUGUCGUCUGCAUCCUCAAGCCUAGAGCAGUGCUCAUAGAAGCUCUGUGACAGUGCUAUGUGGGCGGGUCUGGGCUGUGGAGAGGUGCCGGAAACCAAGCAGUGUGUGAUACUGGUACUGACGGACCGGAGACAGCUGGUGCGCUGCGUGGGGCAUUAUCAUUUUAUCCAAGUAACUGCUUCUUUAAAAUAAAAAUUUUAUAUAUAUAUAUAUAUAUAUAUAUAUAUAUAUAUAUAUAUAUAUAUAUAUAUAUAUAUAUAUAUAUAUAUAUAUAUAUAUAUAUAUAUAUAUAUAUAUAUAUACAUAAAUUUUUUCACAUGACUACAUGAAUUUCUAUGCUACUACUACUACUACUACUACUACUACUACUACUACUACUACUACUACUACUACUACUACUAAUAAUAAUAAUAAUAAUUUUAGUAGUAGUAGUAGUAGUAGUAGUAUUGAUACUAUUGAUACUGAUUUAUUUGGUCUAGAUAAAUGUGAUUUUAUAGAGAAACAGUAAUAAUAUCAAUUAGUCAAUGAAAAACUCGUCAUAAUACAAUAGUUUUGUCGUAAGUUAAAGGGAUACGACUUUUUUUCUGAAAUUUUACUGAAUAUAAGAUUGGUCAGCAUUUAAAGCAAAACAGGUAUCCUGCAUAUGACUGUACAGUAUCAACAAAGUUCAUGGCUGUGCAGCACCUCUUGCCAGAAAGUGUGCGGGAGGUUAAACAUUUGGAAGGCUGGAUUUUCACACACACAGAAUUUGGGUGAUACUUUCACCGUUCGCAUCAAGGUACAUUUCUUGCUUCGCAAUACUAGUCGAUAAUUAUAAUCAACGUAUCACAUUUGCUAAAAGCUAAAAUAAAACAGGACUCAACAUACCUGCAGUAAUUUCACCUUUGAUAGAGAAAGCAGCUUGGAGCUCUGCGAUGAUCAUGUUGUAAAAUGCUGUCCUUAUAAAUAAAGGGUCUCUGUAUACUUCAUGAUAUAAAAACUUGUUCGAA